AUGAUUCAUCCCUGUUCAUAUGAUGACCGGACGUUUGCAAUCAUAAUGGAUAACUCAGGGGAAAACCAACCACUUCUGGUCGCUGGUGUUAACAAUGAUGCAAUGUAUGGGGAUGGCGCAGAACUUUUGGAGCAUUCACAAGGUUAUGAUGAAGAAAGUGCUCCUGUGAGACCUUCAGGAGCUACAGUAACCUGUCGCGUCUGUGACGCCGGAAUUGAUCUUGAAGGGAAACAUAAUCAACAUGUCGUGAAGUGCACUCAUUGUCAAGAGGCAACGCCCAUUCGUCCUGCACCACCAGGCAAAAAAUAUGUCCGUUGCCCCUGUAAUUGUUUGCUGAUUUGCAAAGCUUCAUCAACGAGAAUCGCUUGUCCACGACAGAAUUGUCGGCGAGUCAUCACGCUUGCCAAUGCUACUCCAACUGGAAUGGCUACCAGGGCUCCAGCAGGAUCUUGUCGCGUAACCUGUGCGCAUUGUCAAGAGGUAUUCUUGUUCAAUACCCUCAACAAUUCGCUAGCCACUUGUCCUCAUUGUAAGAAGAGUUCCUCGGUCGGUGCAGCCUUUGCACGAACGCGUGCCAUUUUUUAUCUCGUCUUUGCUUUACUAGCACUGAUCGGAUGCGUUCUUCUCACUGUAUUUACAUCGGAGAAGGCGCACCAAUGGGUCUUCCUCUAUGCUUUUUGGCUGGUCAGUUAUGUUGGAGCUGGAUAUCUUUUUUACAGAUUCAUGUUCUAUCUUCUAGUGAAGGUGCUCUCUCACUGUUUCACAUACACUUCAUUCCACGUUUUUCUCAAAAUUUCUCAUACCGUGAAUGCU